AUGUCCGCACCCCACGACGGCUACGGCCAACAGCCCUACACCGAUGAACCACAGCAGGGCUUCGAAGGCCAAUCCGAGGCGCCUCACGCUCAAGCAGCCGACCAUGCCAAGAAGAAGAAGCGAGGAUACGCCUCCCAGGCCUACGAGUUUGGCGCUGGCGCAAAUACCGGUGUAGCUGGCCAGGUCCCCGCCGCCGGCCCCCAGCAGUAUGGCAUCCCCUCCCAGCCUCAGACGCCAGCCUACGCCGCCGCCGGCUACCCUGGACAGGAUCCCUCGCAGCAGCUGCAGCAGCAGCAGCCUGGUGUUCCUCAGUACGGUGCUGGCGCUCCCGCCUACGGCGCCCCCCAGCCUCUUGCGCCCCAGCCCGGCGCUCCUCAGCCCGCCGCCUACGGAUACCAGGCUCCGGAUGUUGGCUAUCCCGGCCCCGGCCAGGGCGCCCCCGCUCCCAAUGCGCCUGGCGUCGCCGGCAUCAACCAGCAGAUGGCCGGCAUGAACCUCGGGCCCGGCGGACAGUCUCAACCCCAGCCCGCCCAGGCCGCCCGCCCCGUGGCUCUGAACCAGCUCUACCCCACUGACCUCCUGAACCAGCCCUUCAACGUCUCCGAGCUGGAUCUGCCGCCACCUCCCAUCAUCCUGCCCCCCAACGUGAGUCUCACACCCUCUCGCUCCUCUCCUCCGUGUCACAGCGGCUCCUAA